AUGUUCGCCCAAUUUUCAGUGCUCGCAACCCUGCUCGCUCUCGCUGGCAUCAGUCAGGCAUACGACAUCGGUUGCUUGCGCGAGUGCAAAGUCAAGAUGGAUGUGAUUGGAGCGAACAACGAGCUCUACCCGGGUACCAGUGUGUAUAUCAAGCCAUCCACUCCCGGCGCACUGCUCGAUAUCACCAAAUUUCAACCGUGUACCGCCACACAAGGCAUGGCUUGUCUUGCUCCCGAAGGCGAAACAGUUGGCACGGUAUACCACUUCGAUGACUUUAAUUACUUCGGCAACCCUACUAUCAUGAAAGACAUGCUCGCAACGCUGCUCGCUCUCGCUGGCAUCAGUCAGGCAUACGACAUCGGUUGCUUGCGCGAAUGCAAAGUCAAGAUGGACGUGCUUCAAUUUGACAACAAGCUUUACAAGGGUAACAGUGUGUAUAUCAAGGCAUCGACUCCCGGUAUGUGCCCUACGCCUUCUUAG